AUGUUCAAAGACAUUGGAGAUAACAGGUUUGUUGUCCUAUUUAUUUCAGAGGGAGAUUGGAAGCAUGUGAUGCGCAAUGGCCCAUGGCAAUUCGAUUUUAAUCCCAUCUUGCUGCAGGAGUUAGAUGGCUCUGUUAGACCGUCGGACAUGGUCUUCAAUUCCCUGGAUGUGUGGGUGAGGUUUUUAGACUUGCCGCUGGAUAAGAUGAAUAGGGCUUAUGGAGAGUUGAUUGGAAACUGGGUUGGAAAGUUCAUCUCGGUUGAGGUGGACGAGGAUGGCAUGGCAUGGGGAGAAGAUCUUAGGAUCCGCGCAGAAAUCAGAGUUGAUCAACCCCUUAUGCGUGGAGUAAAUCUUAGGAACUCUGAUGAGGACGUUGAUGGUUCGUGGUUCGACCUGAAAUAUGAAAAGAUUCCUCAUUUUUGCUUUGAUUGCGGGUGUCUGGUUCAUUCUGAAGAUGGGUGUCAGGGACAAGUUGGAGAUGUAAAACAAUGGGGAGAGUGGCUCCGGGCGGAACCGUGCAAACACAGGAAGUCUCCAUCGCAAGUCAGGCCGACCUUCUCUUCGAGCAGCUUCAGUAGCAGGUCUGCUGGGACUGAUUCGUGGCAUAAGGGUGGUGCUUCUGUUCGCGACCUCCCGCCGAAGAGGAAUCAGCCACGUGACUACUCUUUCUCUAUCUCUUCCCGCACUAGCGGUAAUGAGCUAAGACGGCACGAGGGAGAUGUGACAAGCCCGAAGAAGCGGCACAGGGGAGGGAAAAUGAGAGAGCUGUUGCAGAAGAACUUGAGCCACCGCUAG